AUGGCGAUACAAUCAGUGGUACUAAAGACGAUCUACGUCGGGACGUUCAUACACUCAGUGUCGCUGGCAGAGCUGCAAGUCCUAAAACGUUCUGCGGUAGCAGUUGACGAGUCGGGGAAGAUCCUACUGGUGGAGCAUCCGGUGGAAGCUAGCAUGCUUGAGAUGUGGGCGAAAGAAGCUGGUACAACCAUCGUGGAGGCUGGUCCAGGGCAGUUCUUCUUUCCUGGCUUAAUCGAUACUCAUAUCCACGCCUCACAAUAUCCAAACUCCGGGAUAUUCGGCAAAUCGACAUUGCUCGAUUGGCUCAACACAUAUACCUUCCCCUCGAAGCUUCCCUCGCGAAACCCGGCAUACUACGCAACGCGCGAUGUCACUUCUACAAACAUUCUCGCGACCACCUGCCACACCGCUGGCCAGCGCGCCUUCGUUGGACGCUGCUGCAUGGACUGCAUGGCUCCCGAUUACUACCGCGAUACCGAUGCCGCCACGUCGCUCGCCGACACUAUCAAGUGCGCAGAGUUCUGCGCGAAGCUAGAUCCUAAGGGCGAGCUCGUACAGAGCAUCAUCACGCCGAGGUUCGCGCCGAGCUGUAGCCGUGAGCUGAUGCGUGACCUUGGGGAUUUCAUGGCACAGAGCGGCCUGCUGUGCCAGACGCAUAUCUCGGAAAAUAAGGGUGAGAUAGAGUUGGUUGCUAGCUUAUUCCCCGAAUGUAAGAACUACGCGACUGUAUACGACCGUGCUGGGCUGUUGAGCGAGAAGACGGUGUUGGCGCAUGCUGUGCAUCUUACAGAUGACGAGAUUGCACUCGUGAAGAUGAGGGGCUCGAAGAUAAGCCAUUGUCCAGUAUCGAAUGCGGCGUUGACUUCGGGUGCAGCGAAGGUGAGGAGGUUGUUGGAUGAGGGCAUCGUUGUGGGUUUGGGGACGGAUGUGAGUGGCGGAUACUCGCCGUCUGUGCUGGAGGCUGCGAGACAGGCUACGAUGACAAGUCGGUUUGUGUCUCUCACAGAGGGUGAGGAGGCAAAGCUGAGCGUGGAGGAAGCGCUAUAUCUUGCUACAAGAGGAGGCGCGGAGGUCCUGGGGCUACAAAAGACGGUGGGUGCAUUUGAGGUCGGGAUGGAGUGGGAUGCGCUGUUGGUGGGGUGCACGUUCGUACCUGAUGAAGAAGAGUGCGAUGAAGACGAGGACCUACUACAGGCGAAACAGGCUGUAGGCGGAGGCAUGACCCCAGUCGAUCUCUUUGGUUGGGAGAAUUGGGAGGAAAUGGUGGCGAAGUGGUUAUAUUCGGGCGACGACAGAAAUGUGCUGAAGGUAUGGGUUAAAGGACGCAAAGUGCACGAGAAGCCUGCGUAG